AUGAAGGCCUUCACCCUCCUCGCCCUCGCGGGGUCAGCUCUCGCCCUCCCAGCCAGCACCGGCGUCCUCGAGCAGAGACAGUCCGCGGUCCAAGUCACCGACGAGCUCAUGUACGGCAUCAGCCUCCCCGCGUUCACCGCCCGCCGCAACGCCCGCAACCCCCCUACCCUGGACUGGACCUCUGACGGCUGCACUUCCUCCCCUGACAACCCGCUCAACUUCCCCUUCGUCCCCGCCUGCCACAGACACGACUUUGGUUACCACAACUACCGCGCUCAGAACCGCUUCACGGAGAGCGGCAAGCUCAGGAUUGACAAUAACUUCAAGACUGACUUGUACUACCAGUGCAGCACUGUGUCUCUAUCUGGCGUUUGCAGGGGUCUUGCGGAUGUGUAUUAUGCUGCUGUGAGGGCUUUUGGUGGCGGUGAUGCUACGCCGGGCAAGCGGGAGACUCAUGAUGAGCUGGUGAAGGAGUAUGAGGAGAAGUUGGCGAUUUACAACGCGCUGGUUGCUCAGGCGGAGGCGGAUGGGUUGAUUCCUGCUCAGGCUUAA